UGCAUCGUCAAUCAAUCUCUCCCUCUUCACGGCAGCGCCCGUCAGACUUUCCCGCACUACUACGUAAUUUUAUCUUUCUCGUUCUUUUGGCUAAGAUCAAGUGCAGACCCACUGCAUAUUUCUUCUUUCCUCACCGCUGCGCCCUUGGGCUUGAAACUUGGGAGACAAAGUUCCUUGGUCUCGCCAUUUGUUUGGAAUUUUCAUUCAAACUCUCAGCUGAUAGUAACUCUGCAAUUCAAUAGUUUUCACGCCUAAAAGAUUCUAGUUUACGAAACACUACCAUGACAAUUAUGAGUUUCUAGGUCAUAGAAAUCAUGAGUGCUAGCGAGUUUCGGUUCUUCUUGUCGUGUGAUAUCAAUUUACCGGUCACCUUCCGAGUAGAGAGAUUGGAAGGAACUUUGCCUCCUACAAAAACUACCGAGACAGGAAUUGAUUCAACUACAGAGGAGAGAAGAGUGGAGUUAUAUGUUGAGUGUGCAUUAUACAUUGAUGGUGCUCCUUUUGGCCUUCCUACAAGAACAAGGCUCGAAUCUACUGGGCCAUCAUAUUGCUGGAAUGAACUUAUAACGUUGAGCACCAAAUACCGAGACCUAACAGCACACUCACAACUGGCUUUGACAGUCUGGGAUGUUUCAUGUGGAAAAGAUGAAGGAUUAAUUGGUGGAGCGACCAUUCUUCUUUUCAACAAUAAAAUGCAGCUCAAAACAGGGAAGCAAAAGCUUAGGCUUUGGCCUGGGAGAGAAGCAGAUGGUUCAUUUCCUACCACAACUCCUGGAAAGGUCCCCAAGCACGAGCGUGGGGAGUUGGAACGUUUAGAAAAGCUUGUCAAUAAGUAUGAAAGGGGACAAAUCCAGCAUGCUGAUUGGCUGGACCGACUAACAUUCAGGGCUGUAGAGAGAAUUAAGGAGCAAGAGAACUGUAAAAAUGGAAGUUCCCAUUUGUACUUGGUUGUAGAUUUCUGUAGUUUUGAACAUCGAGUUGUUUUUCAGGAGUCUGGAGCAAAUUUCUUUAUAGCAUCACCAAUAGCUUCAACAAAUGAACUUGUUAUUGUGUGGGACCCAGAAUUGGGAAAGAUAAAUCCCUCUGAGCACAAACAACUAAAGCUUGCUAGGAGUUUAACCCGUGGUAUCAUUGAUAGGGAUCUGAAGCCUAGCUCUAAUGAGCGGAAGUCAAUUCAAAGAAUUCUAAAAUACCCACCUACAAGGACUUUGAGUGGAGAUGAGAGACAGCUCUUAUGGAAGUUUAGAUUCUCACUGAUGUCUGAGAAGAGGGCUCUCACAAAGUUUCUUCGAUGUGUUGAAUGGAGUGAUGUCCAGGAAGCAAAGCAGGCUAUAGAGUUGAUGGGUAAAUGGGAAAUGAUAGAUGUUUGUGAUGCAUUGGAGCUACUCUCCCCAGUUUUUGAAAGUGAAGAGGUCCGUGCAUAUGCUGUCAGUGUCCUUGAAAGAGCUGACGAUGAAGAGCUCCAGUGUUACCUACUUCAACUGGUUCAGGCUCUUCGGUUUGAGCGGUCUGAUAAAUCUCGUCUUUCUCAAUUCCUUGUCCAACGUUCACUGCACAAUAUUGAGUUAGCUAGCUUUCUUCGUUGGUAUGUUGCUGUGGAGCUUCAUGAUCCUGCAUACGCAAAGCGGUUCUAUUGGACCUAUGAGAUCCUGGAAGAGAAUAUGAUGAAGUUAACGCCAGGCAUAAGUAGCGAAGAAGAUGGAUUUAAGUUGUGGCACAGUUUGGUACGACAGACAGAAUUGACUGCACAACUUUGUUCAAUAACAAGAGAUGUGAGAAAUGUACGAGGCAAUACCCAGAAGAAAAUUGAAAAGCUUAGGCAGCUCCUUUCUGGACUUCUUAGUGAACUUACCUACUUUGAGGAGCCGAUACGAUCACCGCUAGCUCCUAGUGUUCUCAUCACGGGGAUCGUGCCAUCAGAGUCAUCAAUAUUUAAAAGUGCACUUCAUCCUUUACGUCUGACUUUCCGCACAGAAAAUGGUGGCAGCUGCAAGAUAAUAUUUAAGAAGGGUGAUGAUCUGCGGCAAGACCAGUUGGUUGUUCAAAUGGUCUCACUAAUGGAUAGAUUGCUUAAGUUGGAAAAUCUUGAUCUGCACUUAACUCCGUACAAGGUGCUGGCAACUGGACAAGAUGAGGGAAUGUUGGAAUUCAUACCAUCUCGUUCUUUGGCACAGAUUCUUUCAGAGCAUCGCAGCAUUAUAAGUUAUCUGCAAAAGUUUCACCCAGAUGAGCAUGGGCCAUUCGGGAUUACAGCAACCUGUCUUGAGACAUUCAUAAAAAGUUGCGCUGGCUACUCUGUUAUCACUUACAUACUGGGCAUUGGAGACAGACACCUAGACAAUCUUCUUCUAAGGGAUGAUGGGCGCCUUUUCCAUGUUGAUUUUGGUUUUAUUCUUGGGCGAGAUCCUAAGCCCUUCCCUCCACCAAUGAAGCUUUGCAAAGAAAUGGUUGAAGCUAUGGGUGGAGCAGAAAGUCAAUACUAUACAAGGUUCAAGUCCUAUUGUUGUGAAGCGUACAACAUUCUUCGCAAAUCUAGUAACCUGAUUUUGAAUCUUUUCUACUUGAUGGCGGGUUCCAACAUCCCCGACUUGGCUUGUGAUCCUGAAAAAGGUAUUCUUAAGCUUCAGGAGAAAUUUCGGUUGGACCUGGAUGAUGAGGCCUGCAUACAUUUUUUCCAGGAUCUGAUUAAUGAGAGUGUUAGUGCAUUGUUUCCUCAAAUGGUUGAAACCAUUCAUAGGUGGGCUCAGUACUGGCGCUAAUUUAUUAAAUGAAUGAGGCGCUAUCCAUGUGCAAAA